UGUAAGAGAGAUGAGGAUGUCUUGAGCACUGUUUGCAGAGAGAGUGAAACCUUUUCAUCAUGACUGAUUUUCAAAGCUGGUUCUUUGCAUCCUGGAUUCUCUGUUAUCUAUCAAUUUCUAAAUGCAGCGACAUCAUUGUACAGAGUUUCGAGGGUGAGAGUGUCAUUUUGCCAUGCAAAUAUGACAGCAAAUAUCAUGGAAAAUGUGCCAUAUGCUGGAUGAUAGGAGACAUUCCCAAUAUGGGUUGUGGUAAUGAAAUUAUUGGAAGUGAUGGAGAUAAAGUGGUUAGGACACAAUCAUCCAGAUACCAGCUGGAGGGAAGAAUAAAGCAUGGAGACGUGUCUCUGACAAUCCUAAAUGUAAAAAAAACUGACUCUGGCAAAUAUGGAUGCCGAAUACAUGUGCCUGGACUGUUUAAUGAUGAGAAGUAUUACGUCCACUUGAUUGUUAAGGACGCCAUUAUUCCAACAACUUGGGAAACUACAUCCAUGUCGAGCAGCACAUCUGAGCAUGAAACCACAGGAGUUUUCAGCACUGCCUUGACAGAGGCACCUGGUCCAACCACACCAGAGCCUUUGGUAACCACUAGUUCUGGGCUUAUAACCUCUGAAUCACAGACCACUGAAACCUCAGGAGUGGAAACGAGCACAACACACGAGAGUUCUUCAAUCGUCAGUUCAACAAAUGCUCCUGAGAGCAGCACUAUUGGAUUGUGGCUCUCUGACACAACAUACGAAACCUCAUAUGAUAAUCGUGAAUCGUCCUCUUUGGAAAACAAGGAUAGUGUAAAUGCGUCAGCAGUGAUUGUGCCUGUCCUCCUGUUACUGUUGGCUUUGAUUGUCAUUGCUGUCAUUCUGAUAUGGAAGCGCAAGAAGAAAACCAGAGUUUCGGUAGACAUAACCCAGAACUCGGAGACCUCUGUCAUCUACAGUAACUCUGGCAGCAGUUUGGGCCUGUACAACAGAGAUAUGGCUCUGGAAAAUAUCUUUCAAAUACACCCUGAAAAUGAAUAUGAACAGUGGCAUUAAUUCACAUUUCCUAUUUACCUAAUUUGAUCAUUGUAAACUUGUUUUGAUCAUUGUAAACUUGUCUUCUGUUUACACUGUGUCCUAAUGUGACAGCUAUCGCUGAUCGGAGAAAUUAUUUCUCUGGACUAACCUUACUAGACAGCGGCUAACAUACUGCAGCACUUUAUCAUUAUUAAAACUAAUCUACGUUAACUAAUCAAA